UGAGGCGGGGCGGUAAUGGCGGCUGGUCCUUAUCGCCCAAAAUGCAGCCGGCUGGUCGGGAUCUGCGUUCUCCUAGGGGCCCUGUGGAAAAUCCAGGCCGAACAGAUCCGCUACUCAGUGCCUGAGGAGUUGGAGGAAGGCUCUUACGUGGGCAGUAUCGCCAAGGACCUGGGACUGGAGCCUCUGGAACUGUCAGAGCGCGGAGUCCGCAUCAUCUCCAGAGGUAAGACGCAGCUCUUUGCUCUGAACCCGCGAAUGGGCAGCUUGGUCACCGCAGGUAAGAUAGACCGGGAAGAGCUGUGUGAUAGAUCUCCCAAGUGUGUAGUAAGCCUGGAGAUUCUUCUGGAGGACAAAGUAAAGAUUUUUGGAGUAGAAGUGGAGAUCAUCGAUGUUAAUGAUAACGUGCCCAACUUUGGGACAGAGCAAAGGGAAAUAAAAGUUGCUGAAAAUGAAAGUCCUGGGACAAGAUUUCCUCUUCCUGAAGCUUUUGAUCCAGAUGUUGGCGUAAACUCCCUGCAGGGUUACCAGCUCAGUUCCAAUGUUCACUUCUCCCUAGACGUGCAAAGUGGAGCGGACGGCAUUAAGUACCCUGAGCUGGUGCUGGAGCUUGCUCUAGACAGAGAAGAGGUGGCGGUUCACCACCUCCUUCUCACCGCCUUUGACGGGGGUGACCUGGCUCACUCUGGUACUGUCAAGAUUCAUGUAACACUUGUGGAUACCAACGACAAUGCUCCCGUAUUCACUCAGCCAGAAUACCACGUGAAGGUUCCAGAGAACGUGCCAGUGGGCUACCGGCUACUCACUGUAAAAGCCACUGAUCCAGAUGAAGGAGCCAAUGGAGAAGUAACCUAUUCUUUCCGUAAAGUGAGAGAGAAAAUGUCCCAACUAUUCCAGUUGAAUUCUUUGACUGGGGACAUAACAGUAUUGGGGGAUCUAGAUUAUGAAGACUCUGGAUUCUAUGAUAUAGAUGUAGAAGCCCAUGAUGGACCUGGUCUCCGAGCCAGAAGUAAGGUACUGGUGACAGUUUUGGAUGUAAAUGACAAUGCUCCAGAAGUCACUGUUACAUCUCUCAUCAGCUCUGUCCAAGAAACUUCUCCCCCAGGUACAGUAAUUGCACUUUUCAAUGUGCACGACAGUGAUUCAGGAGAGAAUGGCUUUGUCACAUGUUCUAUUCUGGAUAAUCUGCCAUUCACACUUGAAAAGACCUAUGGAAAUUAUCAUCGGCUAUUGACAUGCAGAACACUGGAUAGGGAAGAAGUUUCAGAAUAUAAUAUCACGGUAACUGCCACUGAUCAUGGAAUGCCACCACUUUCUACAGAAACUCAAAUCUCACUGCAGGUGGUAGACAUCAAUGACAACCCACCUGCUUUCCCUCAUGCUUCCUACUCUGCCUACAUUCCUGAAAACAACCCCCGAGGAGCCUCCAUUUUAUCCAUGUCUGCCCAAGACCCUGACAGCAUUGAGAAUGCCAGAGUCACAUACUCCUUGGCUGAAGACACACUCCAUGGGCUGUCUCUGUCUUCCUAUGUUUCCAUCAACUCUGAUACUGGUGUCCUGUAUGCACUGUGCUCCUUCGACUUUGAGCAGGUUAGAGACCUGCAACUAUUGGUGAGAGCCAGCGACAGUGGGAACCCUCCACUCAGCAGCAAUGCGUCCUUGAAUAUUUUCAUUGUGGACCAGAAUGACAAUGCCCCUGAAAUCCUGUACCCCUCUCUCCCCACUGACGGUUCCACAGGCGUGGAGCUGGCGCCCUGCUCUGCAGAGCCUGGCUACCUGGUCACCAAGGUGGUGGCAGUGGACAGAGACUCUGGCCAGAACGCCUGGCUCUCCUACCGCCUCCAGGAGAGCUGUGGGAAAAGCGAGCCUCUUCUGGUAUCUGAGAAGAUAAAUGUAAAUGAAGAACUAGGAGUUGUUCAGUACGUGGAUUUCAAGACAGUCUAG